AGCCCAGGACGAAUCGCACGAUCGCAUUUGCAUUGAUUUGCAUCAGAAAAAUUCAUCAAUAGCAGAGAUACUUGUAUAUAAUGCUUGUAGAUAAUUAUUUUGAAAAUAUUUAGGACAGAGACAGCUGUGUGUCGUUGCGUGUCAUAUGUUAUGCUGCCGAUUGGUCGAAUUCUAUAUGUUGCAUAUGUUUCCACAUGGCUCUCCUUGUAACUUGUGGCGACAAGCGCGUAAGGACUUAAAAAAGCAAUUAUUAUAGGCAUAAUGACGAGUGUUGAAUUGAUAACGGGAAGAUGUCUUUCUAUGUGCCCGGAAAAAGAGCGACGGAUGAGAGAGAGGGAAGGCUUGUUGCACAAAUAUGAGAUUGACGAGAGGACGAAACACAUGAAGAAACCCAAGGCCGAUCCAGAGAAAACUAUAAAAUGCUUCAGUCGCUCCGCCGCUGGACAAGUUAUGACAGAUCCGAAUUUGUUGCGUCCGCCACGUGUAUUAAUAUCCACUGUCCGAUACUUGUUCACCAAGAUAAUCACGCGAACGGAUUUAGAUUGGGCGUCGAUAUACGACUUUGUAUUCGAUCGGCUGAGAUCAGUACGACAGGAUGCCGUGAUACAAAGAGUCGAUGUCACCACGAGUAUUCUUCUUCUUGAACCAAUUGUCCGAUUUCACAUAUAUGCCGCUCAGAGGCUGUGCGAAAGAAACAUUUCGGAAUUUGAUGCAAAAAUAAAUAGCAAACAUCUGUUAGAAUGUAUCAAGCAUCUACUUGUACUGUAUGAUCAUCAAGCUGAAAAUGCAAAAAGUAAUACGGAAGUACAUAAAGAUCUCGAGAAACUGGCAUUGAACAGUAGCCGUUCAGAGAUGGAAGCCAUAUACAUUCUUCUCCACAUUGGAGAUCAUGAAGCUUUAGAAAGAGCUCUUAAGCUUUCGUCCGAUUUGAAAAAAUCACCGGCUAUUCAGUUAGCUACAAAGAUAUCACUUGCAUGGUAUCUAAAAAAUUAUAUCUGUGUUCAUCAUCUGAUCGAGCAGUUACCUCCGGUACUAGCUUGUGCAUUUUUCUGCAAUCUGCAGAGCUUCAGAAGAAAUGUUUUGCAAAUCAUGAGUUCUGGCUAUAAUAGCAAAGUGUUGACAUUCCCGGGGCUGAAAUUGCAGGAACUUUUAUUCUACAAAGAUAUAAAUAAAAUCCAGGCGGAUUGCAAGUUAUUUGAUUUAACGUUCACCAAUGAAAAUGUUUUAUUUCAAAAAUCACAGUUCAACGAACAAGUCUUGCUGGCCAAUCCUGAGAUGUAUUACACUUCUACCACGUUACAUAAAUUUAUGCCGAAAAUUCUUUUGGAAUGUACCUCUAAUGAUGAAUGUUGAGUUAAUUUUUACGUAAUAUAGAAUUUUUAUAUACAAUUGUGGAUCUACUGGAUCUAAGUUAACGAUAUUUAAACUUCAAGGAUAUCAGAGAAAGAGAGAGAGAGAGA